UCUCUUCUCUUCCAACCAGACUUCGUCGUUGCGCUUUCUCCUCCAUCGCCUCCUCCCCCGAUCUCGUCGUCUCUCGUCGGAGAUCUCUCGCCGUGCCGCCGCCGAGAUAAACCGGAGGCUCCAUGGACGAAUUCCCCGGCCUUCUUGCCCGUGAUUUCGGGCUCCGUCCUCAGGGCAAGGGUGCACCCAUGGCCCCUCUUGCCGGAUCCGCCCGAUCCAACCAAGGCCCCGCCUUCGACGAUGUAUUUGGUGGCCCUCCGCGGUUCUCACAGCCCCGAUCUCCACCUUCGUCCUUUGACUCUCUAUUCCCUGGUCUCAAAGACCCACCGCCCGCCUCCAAAUCCUCGUCUCUGCCCGUCUAUGAUAAGCCUGUUUACGAUGAUGAUAUCUUCGAUGGAGUUCCUGGGGUUAGGAGCUCGGCAUCGGGGAAGUUUGACGAUGUGUUUGCUUCGAUGGGGUCGCACGAAGCGUCGGCGCCGCCGAUGGGGGAUUUUUUGGAAAGUCUUGGGCGGCCGCCGGCCGAAUCAAAGGGUUCGGGGAGUGGGAGAAUCGGUGAUGAGAAGGAGGAUUUGACGGGUUUCGAUGAGCUGAUCCCUGGGUUUGGAGGCAGCUCCGUUCCACGGAAGAGGGAGUCUCCAGAGGCUAGCUUUCGAUCAUCAUCAGUUCCAGCAUCAAAGUCAGCCACCAAUGUAGCAGAUGAUCCCUUUGUCAUCUUGGAAACAUCUACAUCAGCAAAUCCAUCCCCUGGGUUGUUCUCUGAUCCGCUGGAGCAGAUUAGCAGCCAUACCAGCUACGGAAGCUCAAAGAUCAAUGAUUCUUCUGUCAGUGGGGGGCUAUUUGAUGAUUUAGGUGCUUUUAGUGGGGUUAACAAAUCAAUUCCACCAUUUACAUCAGGAAAUAAUGAACAUGGUAAGGAUGAGAGUGUGCUGAAGCAUGGCCAGAACAAAGGCCAUAAUGAUCCUUUUGCUGAUUUAGAACCGCAGGAUCAUUUUUCCAGUGAGAUGAUGGGGAAUACGAUGCCUAAAAUGAGUACAACUGAUGGCUAUCAGGAGCAAAAUCACAAAUUGUCUGAGAAGCGUAGCACAUCGCCCGAUCCUUUUGAAGAUCUUAGCAGAAGUGGUUUUCAAAGUUCAGAUUCUAAUGCUAGAUCAUAUGAACAAAAUGCUAAAGUGGAUCCAUCUCCAACAUUUGAUGAAACUUUGGAAGCAGCGGAAGAUGUAUGGCUCACGGUUUCUGAAAUCCCUCUCUUCACCCAACCUACAAGUGCUCCACCUCCAUCAAGAUCACCACCUUCAUUAGUUAUUAAACAGGGACCUUCAGGUAAAACAGACCGAAGUGUAAAUUCUAAAAGAAAAGAUGACAAAUCAUCUAGCCAGUUCAGUCCAAGAUUCGAGGACUCUAUCAAGAAUUCUAGGGCAUCAACUAUAGAGGAACUUGAAGAUUUUGUUAUGGGUAAGCCACAAACAUAUCCCACCGAUCGGGCAGAAGUUCUUUAUGGUGAAGAUGAUUUUGAUAGAAAUUCAGUUGCAGCAGCAUCUGCAGCUGCUAUGAAGGAGGCUAUGGAUAAAGCUGAAGCUAGAUUUAAACAUGCCAAGGAAGUAAGAGAAAGAGAACGAGAUGCAAGAUCCUCUAGAAGCAAAGAGACUGCACAGCAAGAAAGAGAUGGCAGACCAAUAUUGGAUCCCUGGGAUUUAGGCCAAGAGAAACAAGAAAGAUUAAAUAGUGAAAGAGAACAGAGGGAGAGAGAAGAGAAAGAGAAGGAGGAAAGGAGAUUAGAAAAGGAGAGGGAACUGGGACUUGAAAGGGAAAGAGAGAAGGCUAGACAAGCUGUAGAGAGGGCUACUAGAGAGGCACGAGAAAGAGCUGCUGCUGAAGCUCGUUCGAAAGCUGAGAGAGCUGCUGUUGAGAAGGCCAAUGCUGAAGCUCGUCAGCGUGCAGAGCGAGCUGCGGUUCAGAGAGCGGCAAAUGAAGCACGUGAAAGAGCUGCAGCUGAGGCAAGACAAAAAGCUGAAAAGGUUGCUGCAGAAGCUAGAGAGCGGGCUGCAGCAGAAGCAAGGAUUAGAGCGGAAAGAGCUGCAGUUGAGAAAGUGACCGCUGAAGCUCGUGAAAGGGCUGCUGCUGAAGCCAGGGAAAAAGAAGCACGGGAAAGGGCUGCUGUUGAGAGAGCUGCAGGAGAAGCAAGGCUUAGAGCUGAAAGAGCUGCGGUUGAGAGGGCUGCUGCAGAAGCUCGAGAAAGGGCUGCUGCCCAAGCACGAGAAAGAGCUGCUGCUGAAGCUCGUCAAAAGCAGCAGAAAAAUGAUAAUGAUCUUGAGUCAUUCUUCAAUAUGGGUGCUCGAGCUAACAGUGCUCCGAAACAAAGAGCCAUGCCCUCGGAAAAUUUCUUCGAUGGUCAAGUACCAAGGAAGGCGGUCCCUGAUACGGCUCCGAGGUCAUCUUCUACUUCAUCCACCAUUAGAAAGGCAUCAUCAGCAACCAAUAUUGUUGAUGACCUGAGUUCUAUUUUUGGAGCUGCUCCAUCAUCUGGAGAAUUUCAAGAUGUUGAGGGGGAGACCGAAGAAAGGAGGAGGGCCAGAUUUGAACGACAUCAGAGGACACUUGAGCGCGCGGCAAAAGCCCUGGCCGAGAAGAAUGAGCGUGACAUGCAAACCAAGAGGGAUCAGGAAGAAAGACAUAGAAUUGCCGAGACACUGGAUACUGAGAUAAAGCGCUGGGCUGCUGGGAAAGAAGGCAACUUGCGUGCAUUAUUGUCAACAUUGCAAUAUGUGCUUUGGCCUGAGUGUGGCUGGCAGCCUGUUUCUUUGACUGAUCUCAUUACUGGUGCCUCGGUUAAAAAAGUAUAUAGGAAAGCAACCUUAUGCAUCCAUCCAGACAAGGUGCAACAGAAGGGCGCAAACCUCCAACAGAAGUAUAUUGCAGAGAAGGUGUUUGAUCUCCUCAAGGAAGCUUGGAACAAGUUAAAUUCUGAGGAGUUAUUCUAAGCUCCUAUCCAAUUGAAAUAUUUGCAGUAGUACUUUAAGAGUUCAGGUUUUCAGAUAUCUUCUUGGAGUUCAAAUUUGUUGAUUUUCAUGGUCUGCUUUGGAUUGCAUGGCCUUUGGGAUGAAUACCGACUUAAAUUUCCAACAAUUUAGCAGCCAAGCCUUCUCAUUAUUUCUUCUUUCUUCUCCCCUGUUUUGUCUGUAUUUCUAUUUGUGUUUGAUCAUUCAAUGUUGCUUCUUUGUAAGCUAUCCAAAACAUUACAUAGAAAUGUAUUCUCUGAUCAUAAUCACGGACAUUGUAUUGAUGUAGAGUUGUUGAAGCUUUCUCUGUUAUUUUAUUAUUAUAAUCUUA